AUGGCGUGUGCUUCAUCGAUUCAAGUCGAAAUCUACACGUCGGCCGUUCAAAUGAUCUACGCCCUCUUCGAGACGGUUCUCUUCCUCGCCACCAUCGUCGGCUCGAUUCUGGCGGUGGUGGGUCUCGCGAGGAAGAGUACCAUUCCGGAUUCCACUCGAGUUCUUCUUGUUGGCAGCUUGUUCUUUGCCAAUGUACAUGAGUUGGCCUACUUUGACUCGCCGGUCAGUUCAUUUUCAAAAUCAGUCCCUUAUUAGGCCAUCGGUCUUGGUUCGGAGUAUCUGAUAAUAAGAAUUGCCCAGAGUUAUGCCCGUCUUUCUUUCCUGGAAAGCUCCAACAACCGUACUUGUGAACAGGGGGCCGGUGGAAAUUUUCCUAAGGCCCGGCCCAGUUUGGCCCGUGACAACUAAGCCAAAAACUAAAAUUUCCAGCGCCGCAUAUUCCAACUUAACUUUCUGCACACCAACACCUCGUGUUACCCUCUGGCCUCCACGCUGGAAUGCGUGCCGACGACGACGUUGCUGGCAACGGGAAUCACCGGCAAUAUGCUCAUUCAAUCGGCGUUGAGCAUUGACAGGUAAGUACGGAAACCUGAAAAAAGCAAACUAUUCGAGGUUACAGACUGUUGGCCACAGUUUUCCCAUUCGCCUACGACAGAUUGAAGGCGUUGCCGGGCUUUUUGUUGCUCUUUUUCGUGGUGAGUGAUUACGAAAAGUGGUCUUUGGACAUGGGCUUUAAUAAUAGCUUUUGGCAAAUGUGAUUGUACUUAUUAGUUCGUACUUUGACGAAAUGUAAUCAUAAAUGCCGUCAGAGAAGGAAACGUUGUGCACUUUCCAGCUGAUUCCCUCGAUUCUCUCGUACUCGUGGAUCCGUCAGGGCAGUGUCCUGGACGACUACCAAAUGUUCUGUUCCCAAUGGUCCGCAAACAUCAGCACUAGAGCCAAUGCGUACUUGGAAUACUGUUCCUGCCUGACUGUUGCUCACAUCAUCAUCAAUUUGCUCAUUGUUUGGAGGAAUCGAGCAGCCGAGGGAAAGUCAGUUGACAUUUUCCGAGAGUUUUCUCACAUUUUGACAUUCAGAGUUCGAUUCGACGUCCAACAAAGCUAUCACAACUCGGAGAAUCUGAAGACGACAAUAGCGAUUUGUUAUCUGUCGAUCGCGCAGUUUCUCGCAAUGUUCAUGUACUCUGGCGGGGUGCUUUUGAUGAGGAAAAACCGGGAAAACAUUCCGACACUUGUCUACAUCAAUGUUAUUGUAUGGGUCUACGUGAGUACUCCAACCUACCGUACCCCCCCACUACCGUAAUUCUUGCAGGCUCCCCCGUACGCCUGCGUCUCUCUCGCUCCGCUCAUUCUCUUCUCCCUUUGGAAUCUGAAACGACAACGCCAGUCGCGGAUUCAAUCGAUAACUCUUCAGAAACAAACGCAAGAAGAUCAUAUACGAAAACUGCAGCAGUCGUGGGGAUGA